GUCUUGUCAUUUCCUAAUGAAUUAACCUGUCUCUGUAGAAGUGUAGGUACGGUAGAUUAAAUUUCGAUAGCUCAAGAUAUUGGGGUGGACGUGGAUGUAAAAAGAGAUACAUAGGCAACAAUCUUAACUUUGCAAUAUUAUCUUUGAUAUUGUGAUAUUGCCGGAUUCUAAAACUCAUCAUUUGUUAAAAUGUCUCUUCCAUUUUCCGUGUUUGUGAGAGGAUUUUCCAAGUCAACGAGUGUUUCGGCUUCAAUAAACCACGUGACAGUGAUUGGAGGAGGGUUAAUGGGCUCGGGGAUUGCUCAGGUGGCAGCCCAGGCUGGCAAUAAGGUUACAUUGGUCGAGGUGAACGAUUCGGCUCUGCAAAACGCUACUAAGAGAAUUGAGGACAGCUUGAAGAGAGUAGCAAAGAAAGUUUACAAGGAGAAGCCAGCUGAUGGCGAGACUUUCCUGAAUGAAACCAAAAGCAGAAUCAACUACUCGACUGACCUCACAGGGUCUGUCAAACAGACAGAUCUGGUUUUGGAGGCUAUUGUAGAGAAAAUGGCUGUCAAGCAUGAACUGUUCUCUAAAAUAGACCCGGUCGCUCCUCAAAGUGCAAUAUUCGCAUCGAACACAUCAUCCCUGUCUAUAACUGAGAUCGGCUCUGUGACCAAACGCAAGGACAAGUUUGCCGGGCUGCACUUCUUCAACCCCGUACCUGUCAUGAAACUGCUGGAGGUGAUCAGAACAGUUGAAACUUCAGACGAGACGUUCACCAAGUUGAUGGAGUGGGGGAAGGCCAUCGGCAAAGUGACCAUCACGUGCAAGGACACUCCUGGCUUUGUUGUCAAUCGUUUGUUAGUGCCUUUGAUGGCUGAGGCUGUCCGUAUGAUGGAGAGAGGUGAUGCUUCAGCCAAAGACAUAGACAUUGCCAUGAAGCUUGGUGCAGGUCAUCCUAUGGGACCUUUCGAGCUAGCAGAUUAUGUCGGCCAUGACACCACCAACUCCAUCCUUACAGGAUGGUAUGAGAAGUUCCCUGACAACCCUUUGUUCGAGCCUCUCAAGUCGAUGCAAGAACUGGUCAAGCAGGGCAAACUGGGAGUCAAAUCUGGUGAAGGCUACUACAAGUACGAGAAGAAGUAAACGCUAGACAAACAUCUACCAAUGAAAGACUGAUCUGAAUUAAUCAAUGUAUCGUACUUUUGUCUUAUAUACGUAAGUUUGUUCGCAUGGUCUAAGGUUUAUCUAAAGUAUGUUGCUCUUAAAAUUUUCGAACAGAAAGUCUUGGCACAAAUGACUGGCGAAUAUUCUACCAAUGACAUGUUUUGCAUCAGGUAGUUCACAGGAGUACAAUUGAAUUUAUCGACCAAAGCUGUGCUUUGAUUGAUAGUGUAGUUGAUGUGUGUGUUAAAGGUUUCAACGGAUCAGAAUAUUUACUUGAAGUAAUAAGACAUAUUCAGUAAUGAGUUAAAAUAUUAAAUCAUGAUCCAGUGCACCUAUUUGAAACACCGAUUAGGGUUUUGUACAUUUUUUAAAUUUGAAUGUUUAAUAAUUGCAUUGUUAAAAAAACAUAAAAAUGAGUUAACGCCUCAAUUUUAUAUCUUUGUACUCAAUGUGUCAUGAUUAUAUUUUAAAGAGUGAAGUAAACAAUCUAAUGUUAAGUACUGUAUGCCUGUCGUGAAACACAAAAGAUUGUGAUAUUUUAAAUGUUUUGUAUAGUAAUCACAGACUGAAUGUUCAAAUUGGUUUAAGGCUAUUUUGUACGAUUUAGUAUGUUGGAAAAAGUAAAUAAUUGGAUUAAACUAAAAUAAAUGUUAAUGAAAAUGCUGUCCUGAGGCUGUAAGCUGAGUGAAGUAAUUUUUAAUUGAUAAUUUCUACUUUAAAAACACAUGUUGUAAUGUCUAAUUUAAGCUGACCUUUGACUUUUAUGUACUAAAUUCAUUGUUAAAAGCUAUUAUUGUCCACAAUCGUUACAAACUAUUUUUCUACAGAGCAAAUAUAUGCAUUGUUACGUA